AUGUUUUCAACACAAGAUCGUCUCAUUAGAGAUGUUUUCCAAAACUAUGAAAAAAGUGUUUCGCCGAUAUUGGAUUCGAAUCAAUAUCGACAAGUGUUUGUUGAUCCAAGUGACAAUUAUACAUUUAAUGGUUGGACACUUUAUUAUAUGAUUCAACAAAUGAAAGUGAUUGAUUUGGAUGAACCCCAGGAAUUAUUUACAACUUCGGUGAACUUUUUGUUAGAAUGGUUUGAUUUUCGGAUUAUGUGGAAUAGCUCACAAUACGAUGGAAUUGAAACCAUGUUUGUUAGGCAGGACAUGGUGUGGACACCGCCAUUGAGUAUUUAUUCAGCGUUAGUUUUUCCAAAUUGGUUUUCUUUACAUGUUAUUUUUCUAGAAGUGACGUCAAAGAUCAUCGAGAUCUUGAUUUCCGAAUUGUUGCAGUUUUUUGGAGUGGAUUUGUUUCAGAAUAUGUUACAACGAGAUUGACAACAAAUUGUGGAAUGAACAUGAUUGAUUUUCCUUUUGAUAUUCAAACUUGUGAAAUCCAUCUAACCUUAUCUAGUGUUAAUUACGAAUUUUAUAACAUUUCGAUAUCACUUCCAGAUAGCGAUGAAGAAAUGAUUUGUGACAUGGUAGAGUAAUAUUUUAAAAAAUAUCAUUGAUGCUAUAAUUUUGUAUUCAGCGUAAUUCCGCUUGGGAUAUUGUAAACAUAUCAGCUGGGAGUCUAAAUCUUCGACCAAUUGGUAAAUUUGAUUCUAGACUUGGCGUAAUUCGUGUAGUUUUGAAAAGGAAUCCAAUAUUCUACGUGUAUAUGAUGAUAUUACCAACAUUUACAAUAAAUAUGAUUGCAAUUGGUGGAGUAUUUUUGAAAAAAUCAACACAAAUGGAAAAAUUAACAAUUGGAUUUACACAUAUUAUGACAAUGACAUUUAUAUUAGGUUUAGUAUCAGAGAAAAUACCAAAAACUAGUGAAAUUCCAUUAAUGGGAAAAUAUAUUGUAUUUGGAUUGGGUUUGAUGAUUUUUGCAUUGAUUAUUUCAACAAUAUUGAACCGAUUUUUUAUGCCGAAAUCGAAUUGCAGGUGAUAUAAUUGUUAAAUUUGAGAUAGUCUGCAGCAUUUUAUCACACGCGAAUUUCCGCUAUGCAAAAACCUGAAGUCUAGCGCACAACAUUUUUUUUUGAAAACAAUCAUUAUAUUUUCAUCAGACGCUACACUUUUCGACGAAUUGUGAAAACAUUCUUCAUAACAACUUUUCAACUUCUCAAUGUUUUUGCAUUUUCCUACAUGAUUUAUCGAUUUUUGAAAUUUGAAAUUGAAUAUGGAAAAUCACGAGAUUGCGAUUUUGAGAAUGAUAUGAGAAAUCAUUCAAAAUAUUCGAAUAUGUCUCAGCAGUUUUAUGACACAUUCGAAUCAACACCUCGUUUUGAAAAUUAA